AUGGCGCAAAUUAAAGGGUUGAGUGCUUAUGACCGCCCUCCUGAUCCUGUCAGGAUCUGCUACAAGAAAUAUUCCAAAAUUGAAUUGUCUGAAGUUGACAAUGAUCCGGGGAUCCUUGACCUCCGACGACUCGAUCCCGACCAAUUACCAGCCGGAGUGACGGUUGCGCAGUCUAUGUCAAGCCAAGAUUUGCGAUUGGCAUUCGACGAUUUUAUUCGUGGAAGUCAUUGUCCUACUGAAGAGGAUGCUCCUCUGGCUGAGAACAUCCCGGUCUUUGCUCACAAUUCGAUAUCCGGACAAAGAGCCAUUCCUGACCUCCUGGCAGGACUUCUGAUGAUACCUGAAUUGUUUCCUCCCACUGUGCAGAUUGAAUUGCUUUCACGUCUAUUCCACCGAGACUUGCCCAACCCGGAGCACCAAACAAACCUACACCUGCACUACGAUGUAACAUAUCCCGAAGAAGCAGAAGAUACCCACAAACCGAAGUCAUUCUUCGAGGAUGAUCCCAGUCGAUCCUUUCAGCCCAAGGAUCCCGAGGUUCAUAAACCUAUGACGGUUCAAAGUCUUCUGGAGAAAAAAUUGCGCUGGGUCACAUUAGGUGGACAAUACGACUGGACUGCUAAAGUAUAUCCCUCUGGAACUCCGCCGGUAUUUCCAUCAGAUAUUGCGAACCUCCUGCGCGCCGCGUUUCCAGAAACCUCGGCCCAAGCUGCCAUUUUGAAUCUCUACUCCGCUGGUGAUACAUUAAGCGUGCAUCGCGACGUUAGUGAGGACUGUGACGUAGGUUUGAUCAGUGUGAGCUUUGGAUGUGAUGGGUUGUUCUUGGCUAGUCAUGAUGAUGGGAACGGUUGUGAAAUCAUCCGGCUUCGAUCAGGCGACACGGUUUAUAUGAGCGGUAAAUCGCGGUUCGCCUGGCAUGGAGUUCCGAAAAUCCUGCCUUCGAGUUGUCCCGCAUGGCUCGCCGACUGGCCAUCGAUGGGGGAUACCGGCGCAGGCAUGCCGCCUGGUCGCUAUGAAAUGUGGAAAGGGUGGAUGGCCGGUAAACGGAUCAACCUGAAUGUUCGACAAAUGACUACUUCGUUGUCUUCUGGCGAUAAAGCGGCCCCAGUCUGA